AUGGCUACAUUAACUGAACACGAACAAAAGCAGGAGCAAGAAAAUAUACCUCCAUCAAAUUCACUUACUCCUGACAGCUCUAGUGAAGAAGAGUUUCACGAUUGUCGUAGUGGAGAUGAACCUUUGACACCCAUACCCACAAAGAGCACAUUUGUAGACGAUAAAGUGAAAGAUGACGCGUUAACGGCGCUGACUCCAUUACAAGAUCAAUCCUAUAUUACAACCAUGAUAGACAACAAGCCACCUACAAUGACAAUAGAGAAGGGUGCUAAAUGGUGUCAAAGAUGUGGUACAUUGGAGACGCCUAGAUGGAGAGUGGGUCCAGCUGGUCAAUCAACAUUAUGCAAUGCCUGUCAUUUAAGAUGGAAAGUGCUGGGCAGACCUAAAGAUGGUUAUAGCUCGACCGUGUAUCCACCGCCUUACUACAAUCCUAGUAACGCUCACAAAAGAACUAAAUCACAACGUACAAAGAAGCAAACGAAGAAGCCCAGAAUCAAGGAGUCAACGAGCUCAAGCACCAUCACAAAGACGACAACUAAGCCAAUCCCUGUGCCCAAAGUCAUCAAUGAAGCUGUGGAAGAUCAAGAAAAUGUGAAUCCAGCUGUGGUGUCAGCAGAGAGAGGACCUUGUACCGACUGUGGCACUAUGAAUACUCCCUUAUGGCGACGAGGACCUUCAGGCCAUAAGACGUUGUGUAAUGCUUGUGGAUUGAAAUGGGCGAAAACUUCAACUGAUGUGACCAGAAAGAAAGUGAUAUCUGCGAAACCAACAACUGGGAAGACUACAAUUGCGAAAACCAUGAUUUCAGAGACCACGACUGUAGAGACAACAAUUGUAGAAACAGCAGCUAAGAAACCAACAAGUACGUCUAGAAAGACAACAUCAUCAAAGAAAGCAAUAGACAUGAGCCUGCUUCACAACAAGAAAGAGUACAUUAUACAUGGCCUCUACUACGAUAAAACUAGAGUGCAAUCACAGCCAUUCUCCAUUCCACUUCCAAUGCAUUUAGGCGAAUUUCUUAUCAACAAGGAAAGUGAAUUUGAGCUACCACCCGACAUUCAUCAGGAACGAGAAUUGGGAUUGAUUAGCGGACUGAUGAGUAACAGAAAGCCCUUCUUUACACGCAUUAGAGCAAACAUCUUUGUGGAGAGAAAGCCAUACCGAGCCGAGGAAGACAUUAUAUGCCAGUGUGUUCGUCCAGCUGAAGGAGAAAUGGGUUGCGGCGAGGAUUGCAUCAACCGAAUGCUCUUCUACGAAUGUAAUCCAAACUGCUGUCCAUGUGGAGAUCAAUGCUCAAACCGACGAUUUCAACGCAAAGAGCAGACCAAAGAAUUGCAAGUGUUUCAAACAAAGGAUCGAGGCUGGGGCUUGCGUACGUUGGUCGACAUCAAGAAAGGUGAUCUCGUUAUUGAGUAUCGCGGUGAGAUCAUCUCUCAUGAACUGUGCGAGGAACGAAUGUGCACUACCUAUGUCAAUGAAAAGAACUUUUACUUUUUAGAGUACUGCAAUGGCGAAGUGAUUGAUGCCUGUACAAAAGGAACAGAAGCCAGAUUCAUCAACCAUAGUUGUGAGCCAAAUUGCCAUAUUGAGAAAUGGUCUCGAGGAGGCGAAUCGCAUUUUGGCGUUUUUGCAUCUCAAGAUAUCGAGGCUAAAUCAGAACUGUUCUAUGACUACAACUUUUCGACCUUUAACAACUCGGUAGAAAGUGAGCAGGUGUGUCAUUGUGGAAGUGAGCACUGUAGAGGAACUAUUGGCAGAAAGAUCCCUCGUAGUGCUCGCUAA